GAAGGGCUGUGUGCAGAAGGGCGACAGGAUGCAGUGUCUGUGUGAGCCGGGUUACGCAGGACCAAACUGUGAAAGAUGCGCCCCUGGUUUCUACGGCAACCCCAUGGUGCUGGGCAGUCGGUGCCAGCCGUGUCAUUGCCACGGCAACACGGACCCCAACAUGCUGUUCACCGACUGUCACCCGCUGACCGGAGAGUGUCUGAGCUGCAUGCACAACACGGCCGGACCGCUCUGCGACGUCUGUGCACCCGGUCACUAUGGCGACGCCAUCUCUGCCAAAAACUGCACCGAAUGCAGCUGUUCUCCGUGUGGCACAGACUCAUGCGACCCUCGCACUGGACAGUGUCGCUGUAAACCAGGAGUCACGGGGCCGCGCUGCGACCGCUGCGAGGACGGCUCGUUUGGCUUCGACUCGUGCUCUGGCUGUCGUCACUGCGACUGCGAGGCCUCGGCGGCUCUGGUGCAGCCGUGCGACCCUCAGAACGGUCAGUGCGCCUGUCAGCCCGGAGUCAACGGGCCGCAGUGCCGACAGUGCGCUCCUGGAUUCUGGAACUACGGAGCUGAAGGAUGCAAGAGUGAGUGA